AUGAGCACAGGUGCAAUGCACUUGGAAUUGGGCGGAGAUCUCUCUUCCGUUAGUUUUAUCGCCGCCUUCAAGCGCUUUACCAAUCGAAGAGGGCAUUGUCAACACGUUUAUUCAGACAAUGGCACCAAUUUUGUCGGAGCCGAAAGGGAGUUGCGUACUGCAUUCGAACGAUGCAUCGGUGACGACAAGCUGACGAGUUACUUUGCUGACGCUCAAACUACUUGGCACUUUAACCCACCAAGCGCUCCACACAUGGGCGGUUAUUGGGAGGCUGGGAUAAAACGCAUCAAAUACCACCUCAAGCGUGCCUUGGACUCCACUCUUUUGAAUUACGAAGAAAUCGCUACAAUUCUAACGGAGGUUGAGGCCUGUGUGAAUUCUAGACCUAUUUGCUGGAUACCCUCGGACGUUAACGAUUUUGAAGUGCUAACACCAGGCCAUUUUAUAAUUGGCGAAUCUUUGAAGGGCCUACCGGAUCCUGACUUGGAAGUUUUUAAAGGGACGUUCCAUCAACGUUGGCAAAUUAUCACAGCGAUAAGGCAACAUUUCUGGAAGCGAUAG